CUUGACUAUCGACCCCCCUUGACCUCCCAGCCCUGGUCUCAUGCGCAAUGAAUUUCGAUAAUACCUCUUCAGCCUCUCAGCGAUGCCUCUUCUUCAGGCUCAGACAGCUCGCGGAUCGGAAGCGAAAACGUGCACCUGAAGACACAACCCCGCCUCCCGUGCCUCAGUGGAAGAGAGCAGGAUUCCGAUCGGCAGAGGAAGCAAAGAUCACGUUUUGGGACAAUCUUACCACAGUACCCCUUUUGCCUUGGGCACUCAGGGAGUUCGAUCGACGGUAUCGCGUAUCUGUUGGGCCUGCGAGCAAGCGUGUCACCGGAUCUACUGGCAGACCUGCUGGCCGUGUUACGCGGUCUGCGGCGAGACGGGCUGCUGAGGUGAAUCCGGCUGUUCGCCAAAGCAUUGUCUUGCAAGAACGUGCAGCUCAGCUGAAGCAUUUUGCGAAGCGAGGCGGCCCAGAUCUUCACGAUCUCAGAGGAUAUUCCGAGCCUGCAGAGGCAUCUCGGGCCAUGCCACCAACGAAGACUUCCUACAGGGGCCUCUCAAAUUCGAGCCAGCUCACCUUUCGCGGCUCAGGAAGAACGUCCGCAUAUGAUUCGGGCUUCAAAGAGCAUCUUAUCAUGCAUGGCAUAUAUCCCAACGGUGUUCGUCGCCCUGACGGCAGCCUUGCUCCGCGGCCAGACAAUUGGGGAGAUAUCCAGCAAGUAAUGAGGCGACGCAGGGCGUCUCUCUCACCUUCUCGAUUCUCUGAUGUUGCUUUCGAGGCCUAUGUGGAGCAAACCUACGAGGCGAUAGAUCAGGCUGGCGUGAUAGAGAAGGCGUUUCCCAUUCUGAAAGGCAACAGUGGCAUGCUGUCUGGGAGCAAGAGGACGUUCAGCAGGCUAGCCCCGCUUACGGAUGGCACCAUCGGCGAUGCUCGGCCGGAUUUCUAUUACGGAGCCCGUCCAGACCAGGCAAACCAGCGUGUCCAGGAUGAUCUGAAUCCAUACAUCAUACCCUCCGGCAAUGACAGCGCCCCAAUCUUGCCCAACAACUUCACUGACCUGUUCGGUCCUGAUGAAAAUCCGGCUGUUGUGAGACGUCAGGCUUGUUACGAUGGUGCAAUAGGUGCUCGUGCCCUGCAGCACCUUCAGUCGUAUGGGCUGCCAGAACCAGUCUUGGAUAACAAUGCGUACACCAUCACCUCCACUUUUGACGGCCAGAAUUUGUACAUGUACACCACCUAUCCUACCGCUCCUGCCAGUCCCGAAGCUCGCCCUGAGUAUCACAUGAAUCAGGCUGGAGCUUUUGCCUUGACGGGCAACGCCGACUAUUGCCGCCAAGGACUGACGGCCUAUCGAAAUAUGAGAGUCUGGACGGAGAAGAAAAGAGACGAGUUCAUCGAAGCGGCAAACGAGAGGCCGGCUACAGUGAUCCCUCCACUCCAACAAGUCUGGCUCCGGCCAUAGAGUCCGAGACCUCGGCGGACGAACCCGCCCUAGAUGAGGUGCCGGUUCCGAAUCCCGCCAAACGGCCCAGACGAGGAGAACCAGGGACGGAAUCCGAAACUCGCUGUGACGAGUAGUGCUGGAUCAUAGUGGCAAGAUUUGGGGGAUCCGAGGAAGAUAAGCCUGACUGGGAAACGAGUUCCUGUCAACAACAAGAAGGGAUGGAUCAGGAUCUGAGUGUUCCUCGCGACAGCGACUGGGAUCGCACUUUUUGAAGUACGUUCAUUUUCAGUACCCAAGUACGAGCAAUAUGCUCAUGGCUUUCCGUCAAAUCUGAAAUCUAC